GGGGAGACUAGUAACUUGGUCUCGGAGGGGAUGUUUAAAAGCUUUAAUAUCAGAUCUGCGCUUGGAUAGGGCUAGGACUGACGUGUUGUGCGUAACGUUGCUGCUAAUGCUAAAGUCUAGUUUUUGUCUCAAGUCGCUAUUUAAUAAUACAUGAUAGGAUAGAAUUCUUCGAAAGAACCUCGAUGGAGAAAAAUGUUAUGCAGUUUUCCCUGGUGAUUGUUGUGUUUGUGCUAACGUGCACAGGCGGACACUCAAAAGCGCUGACACCGCAAGGAAAUGACGCCCCUCCAAAGUUCCUGAGUGAGCUGUACCAUCUGAUGCUGGAGGAGUCCGAUGAGGACAGCAGCGAAUGUACCGGAACAUUUGACUGCGAGUCAGCUGGGCUGGGGUUCCACCGCGACCCGCACGACUGUUCGGCGUUCUACAUGUGCGUGCACGGCCGGCCGUCCUGCCACAAGACCUGCCCCUGGGGACUGCACUUCGACACCAGGUACAACAUCUGCAACUGGCCCUGGGCGCUGCAGACAACGUGCGGCAACAACGGUGAGGGUGACGCCACUGGCACACGUUCAGACGCGCCGACAUGCGGCCUGCCGGCCAUGCGGUCCGUGCUGAGCUACCAGCCCGCCCGGCCGAAGAUCGUGGGCGGGCACGAGGCGGUGGCGGGCAGCUGGCCCUGGAUGGUCACCAUACAGCUGCGGCCUUUCGAGAACAGCCACCUCUGCGGGGGCACGCUCAUCUCGGACCUCUGGAUCCUGUCCGCCGCUCACUGCUUCUUUAGACAGCCCGAUCCCAUGGUGUAUGAGGCGUAUCUGGGGAAACACUCCAUCAGAACGGAAGAAUCCUACCAACAGAGGAUUGAAAUAGCUGAAAUCAUCCUCCACGAAGAUUUUGAGCCGGCGGCAUUUAGGAACGACAUCGCUCUGCUCCGUCUGGCCGAGCCUGCGCACCUGAACCAUCGCGUGUCACCUGCCUGUCUACCUGAGGAUGACGUCAAGGUGGGCCCUGGCUCCACCUGCGUUAUCACGGGAUGGGGAGACACGGAGGAGCCGGAGACAGCCUCUGACGUGUUAGCUCUCUUUUCGGACGUGCUUCUGGAGGCGGAAGUGCCCAUAGUGUCCCAUUGGACGUGUCGACACCAACUUCCGGGUUAUAGCGUGGAUCGCACCACCCAGGUGUGCGCUGGAUACACGGAGGGCGGAGUGGACACCUGCCAGGGCGAUUCCGGCGGCCCGCUGAUGUGCGAGUCACGUGACGGGCACUGGUUUCUGUACGGCAUCACCAGUUACGGGGAGGGUUGUGCGCAGCCGCGAAACCCGGCCGUCUACACCAAGGUUCCCGCCAUGGUCGCCUGGAUCCGGGAACACACGGGGGACAGCAGCGCCACCUACAUCCCGCGAGCGGUACCACAGGCAGGGAGCACUGUGUAAUCGUUAUUGCGUAACGAACUAACAAACUAACAAACAAGCAAAUGUGAAUUGUUUGCGCAUCUUGUGUUCUACUGGAAACAUUUCUGUAAACAUAUCAAUGCAUAAUCACUCCAGACUAAAAUCUUACUUUGUAUAAUAACUAGGACUUUGACUCAUGAUGUCACUUCGACUACUUCACAAGAGAGUAAGAUCGGAUGGGCACCAAUGUCAAUGAUUAGUACUACAUGUAACUUGCUGUGUAAUUGCUAGCUUACCAUACCUUGCUAACAAGAAAACACUUGAUUGUCCAUAAAGGUCCAAUGGAAAAGUAAUGAUUUAUGUUAAAAGAUGAUGAUGUCACGAUCGCACCCAUUAUCAAUUCAUCAACCUGAAAGUCCAAAGAUCAUCGUCGUUAUCCACCAUCCUUUGAAGAAUUCUUGAAUGAAUGAAUAAAUAAAUUCUGGAGUGAAUGAAUGAA